AUGCGACGGAAGUCGGCGUCGGGCUCGGCUCUGCGUUUCCGGCGCAUCUCGCAGAGGGAUCCGGGGAGGCGGGGCCCGGGAGAGAUCCUUCCUUGCUUUGGCGGCUGUGGCCGAGGGGCAGGAGGCCCUCCUGGGCCUUAUAAACAAAGGCUUUGGGGUCGGCCCUUCUUGCUUUCCCCUCCCUUCCUUGAAAUCCUCCUUUUCUCUCCUCAGCUUGAUUUAUCGGAACUCCAGAAGCAGCUGGAGAAAAGCCAGAGCCUCUUCCCGGAGAAUCCUUCCGUGUGGGUCAAAGACAUGGCUGGGUACUUGAACUACAAGCUGCAGGCCCCCAAGAGCGACCCCACCCUCAGCCAGCAUCCUCACGAUUAUCCGUACUGCCUUGUGAGCAAAGAUCUGAGGACCAUCAUCAAGUCUCUGUUAUCGAAAGCCGGGGGUGUCCUGGAGCUCUUUUUCGACCACUGUAUUUACACCAUGUUGCAAGAGUUGGAUAAGACGCCGGGAGAGUCGCUGCACGGCUACAGGAUCUGCAUCCAAGCCUUGCUGGUGGACAAGCCUAAAGUGGCCACAGCCAACCUGAGUAAGUACCUUGAGCUGUUGCGGUGCCAUCACAACCGGACGCCCAAGUGCCUCACCAUCAUGUGGGCUUUGGGUCAAGCAGGGUUUGCAGACCUGACGGAAGGGCUGAAAGUGUGGCUCGGCAUUAUGCUUCCUGUCCUGGGCCUCAAAUCUCUCUCUCCCUUCGCCAUCACCUACUUGGACCGGUUGCUGAUGAUGCAUCCCAACUUGACCAAGGGCUUUGGCAUGAUAGGACCGAAAGACUUCUUCCCCCUCUUGGACUUUGCCUUCAUGCCCAACAACUCCUUAUCCCCCAGCCUGCAGGAGCAACUUCAGCAGCUGUACCCACGCCUGAAGGUGCUAGCCUUUGGAGCGAAGCCGGAGGCCACCCUGCACACCUACUUCCCCUCCUUCCUCUCCAGGACCACCCCCAACUGCCCCACUGGCAUGAGGAAGGAGCUGCUGAGCUGCCUGAUGGAGUGCCUGACCCUCGACCCGCUCAGCUUUAGCGUCUGGAGGCAGCUGUACAUCAAGCACCUCUCGCAAUCCAGUUUGCUCUUGAACCACUAUCUGGAGACAUGGGACAGCACAUCUAAAAAGGUGCGGAAGUCUUUGCAAGAAACCGUUCAUUUGUUCAAAGUCACAAAUGACGAGCUGGCCGCGAAAGGACCGAGCAGCGCCGAGGACGUGGCUGCUUGCCGAGCGGCCUGCCAGAGCCUGCUGCUCAAGAUGAAGGCCGGUGGGCCUCCUUGGCCUCGGCUGGCGCUCGUCCUCCUUGUCUUUAUUGCCGGCUUUCUCAUGCACGACGUCAGGACUCAUGGCUCCUUCCAAGCCUCUGCCUCCGCCCGAGUCCUUCGCUCCUGUGGCAUCCUGCCUGCCUCCCAGCAAGCUUGGAACACGGUCUCCCACCUCUCCAUGGAAGGCUAUAGCUGGCUGGAAGCCAAAGCCCCUCUCUGCUACACUCGCGUGACCUCCACGCUGGCACCAAACCUUGAACUGGCCUGGGCGAAGAUGCUGGAGAUGGCGGCCGACCUCUCUGGGAAGUGCUCUGCUCAGCUGGUCUGGCUCAGCGACCACCUCCCCAGAUUCACUGAAUGGCUCCAAGCUCGGGUGCCCGAGUUUGUGCUGUGUGGGGCCGAAUACCUCAAGGAGCUGCUGCUCUUCCUGAUGAAGAACUGCUUUCUGCCAGCCGUGGACUAUUUGGCAGCCGCCCUGGAAGGAGCCUGGCAGCGCUGGGCGGAUUCCUGCGAUGGCGAAGGGUCGUGGGAGUGCCUGCGGACACAGCUGACCAGCCUCAUCCUUUCCUCGUGGGGAUACCUGCAGGACACCCCUGGGAUGAUCAAGGACUGGGCCUCGGGCAUCCUCUCUGGCCACUAGCAGGAGAGGUUGGGGUUGCUCUUCCUUCGGCAAGGCCCCCCUGCCGCCUGUUCGGAGCAUCCUCUCCAGGUCCCCUUCUCAGUUCAGGCGGCUUUUGCCUCCUCCAUUUUGAGGAGGUUGUGCUGGAGAGGAAGGAGGUCCCUCUGCCUCUAGGUGGGGGUGGGGGGGAGCCCUCCUCUCGCCUGCCUCCAAUGCUGUUACCCCCAAUACAUGGGUGGGGUGGGAUGUGAUCUCCCACCACAGCCAUUCUUUUAUGCACAGAGCCACUGUUCCUGCCCGCAGGUUUUUUCCUCCAGCUCCCAGGGCGAUGGGGAGAAAUGCUCCUGGCAUCUCCUCGGUGGCCUGGGGACCACUGGCCUCCCUCCCCCCCUCCCCCACCCUUCAUUAUCAUCAAAGAUAAGGUGCCAAUGGCCUCUGGCCUCCUGGAGCUGUUUCUCUUCUUUCUACUGGUGUCUUGGUGGGAGCAAAAAGAAGCAAGGGCUUCAUCCGCUCCCCACCCUGCAAAGCCCAGAGAGCCGGCCUUUGCCCUCCUCUGGCCUCUGAUUCUGCCCCAGGGGGAGACCCUCCUCACGGGACAUCGUCAGUGUAGGUUAAAAUGGAGAGAAAAGGAAUCGGGUCAGUGGGCCAGGAACAGGGAGUCGAGCAAAUCUCCCCUGUCUAGUUUGCUCCUGUAAAACAGGGUGAGUUGUGAUGGAAGCCGGGCUGGGCUGCUCUUCAGACCUCCAGCGAGAGGUUGCAGAUUUCCAGGAAGACCGAUCUGCUACUGGGAGGAAAGCCUGCCCGCCCUGUCCCUGGGGUGGCCUUUCCCCUCCCUGCUCUCUGCCCAGCCAACUGCCCGGCUGAAGAGGCCGGAGCUCCGGCAUGUCCGGGGUGCUGGUGGGGGGCUUGUCCCGUCCUUCGCCAAGGAACCCUGGAUGGGAAUGGGCCUGGGUGGGUGCAGUGGGGUGUCACCGGGCCCUCCUGGGACUGCUUGGCUCCUGCCGCAAGCCCGUUCUCUGGGUUCAGGGAGCAUAGGGCGAUCUUGGGGGGGGGGGCUUGUGUGGAAUAAAGGGAACUCUGUUUGAUUACA